AUGCGGGCGCUCUUGUGGCUCGGUGGUGGCGCGAGUCUAGCGCUGGCGGCGCUGCAGAACCGGACGAUCGACGACACGAACGGGGACAGCGUGACGGGGGCGAAGCCGGUGUACUACCCGCCGGGGCCGUGGCAGGGGCCCAGCUGCACUGGGUGCGCUAUCCAGCCGGACGUCGGGCAGGUCUUCGAGGGGACGUAUAGCGCCAUGACGUAUCGCACGACGAUGGGGGUCAUGAACAUAACCAUGGACUUUACAGGGACGGCGAUUUACGUGUACUUCGUGCUGGCCAACUACCAGGGACCGGGUGUGACGACGGAGACAGAGGCGGCGUUCACCGUCGACGGCGUGCAGCACGGGUCGUUCAGCCACGUGCCCACCACCGUCCAGGAGCUGUUGUAUAACCAGCUCGUCUUCCGGCUCACCGGGUUGCAGAAUGCGCCCCAUACCCUUGUUGUGGCCACACAGGCAGAUACGGAUUUGUACCUCGUCUUCGACUAUGCGAUUUACACGUUUGAGGAUGUGGGGGGCACUACGCCGGCUGGAACGACGCUCCCACCUCCGCCGACCCAUUCAAGUGCUCCGCCACUCCCCACAUCGCUGCCCAGCAGCACCCAACCACAGUCCACCUCGAGCGCUGUGUCGGUAUUACUGCCAUCGCCUUUAUCAUCAGCAUCAUCCACACCCGCUGCUGCCUCUGUAUACAUCUUCUCCGAUCUACCCCCGACACCAUCUCCCUCUCAUUCUCCCUCCCCGUCCCCGUCUCUGACACCACAUCCACACCCAGCAGCCCCCGUCAUCGCAGGCAGCGCCGUUGCCGGGGUCGUCGUCCUCCUCGCAUUGUUAUUCGGCUUUUGGUUAUGGAGGCGCAGACGCACCCGUCAGCCACAACCACCAGUUUUGCCUUAUAGUAUACCCGCCCCACCGCCGCCAACGAGCACCAUGACGGAGGUAACUAGUACGACCGACAUCGAUGCAACGCGGUGGCGCCGCAUCGAGGCGCUUGAAGCAAGGCUGCAGGCGGUGUACCCAGAGCCGCCGCCUGCUUACAAGUCGUUGUAA